AUGGUGCGAAAUAAAUACACGCUGACCACCGCUGGCAAAUCGCCGAGUAAAAAAUCCCGCACCGGCAGCAUUAGCAAGCAGCACGACGCCAGCGACGACGGCGAGUCCAGCACUCUGGACGGAAACGGUAGUGGCGGUAGCGGCGGAACCGGUCCUGUAGGAGACGCAGCAGACAAUUCGAGCGCCAAGCGAUGUGACAGCGGCUCGGUGCACAAGCAAAACCUUUACAUUAUUUCAUUUCCGGUUAUCUUUGUGUUUAACGUUCUUCGUUCGCUGCUGUAUCAGUUGUUUAUAGUUUUUCGUUACGUGUACAACUUCACCACCAAGGUUGUGUACAAACCGGUGAAGAAAGAGUGCGGCCUCGAAAUCGUCAUCAACGAGCAGCAGCAAAGUGGAGCAGAACCUCAGCAGCAAGCUCAUCCGCUGCAAUCAUCGCACAGUGGCGUUUUAGUAAACGGAGAAGGCCGCGAAAUGUCCAUCCAGCGUUCGGCCAGCGGGAGCCAGGUAGGUCCUGGCGAUCCGUUGCUGGCCAAGCAGAAGCAUCACCACCGGCGCGCUUUUGAGUACAUUUCCAAAGCACUCAAGAUCGACGAGGACAACGAAGAUCAAAAGGAAUUAGCCAUCGAGCUCUAUCGUAAAGGCAUAUUGGAAUUGGAACGUGGCAUUGCCGUCGAAUGUUGGGGUGGCCGUGGAGAGGUUUGGGAGCGUGCACAGCGAUUGCAUGAUAAAAUGCAAACCAAUCUUUCAAUGGCACGCGAUCGUUUGCAGUUCCUGGCAUCCGGACGGAAAUUAACAGUUGGCUACAAGCGUCCGGGUAAUCUGGGGGUGAUGAAUAAAUCGCAAACCCUGCCGCGAAGCAUGGGCGGCACCAGGACAACUCCCACUGGCGUUGGCAGCAUGCCAAAGAUUGUGCCAAAACCGGCCGCAACGCCACCCGCCAUCAGACGGCAGUUUUCCGCUAGCAACGGUUACGGUACCAAAAAUACGCCACCACCACGUUCCAAAACUCCACUCGCCGGUCAGCAGCAACCGCAGCAGCAACAGCCACAAAUCUCCGUAAAGGGAGUAGAACCGAAGCUGGUGCAGAUCAUUAUGGACGAGAUCGUGGAAGGAGGUGCUAAGGUGCAAUGGCUGGACAUCGCAGGGCAGGAAGUAGCGAAGCAGGCUCUCCAGGAAAUGGUCAUCCUGCCUUCCGUACGUCCUGAGCUCUUUACCGGGUUGCGGACACCCGCCAAAGGUUUGCUUCUGUUCGGUCCCCCGGGGAACGGGAAAACUCUGCUCGCUCGAGCAGUCGCCACGGAGUGUUCUGCCACGUUUUUCAGCAUAUCAGCAGCCACGCUGACGAGCAAGUACGUGGGCGAUGGUGAGAAGCUAGUACGGGCCCUGUUUGCGGUCGCACGUGAGCUGCAGCCAUCGAUCAUCUUUAUCGACGAAGUCGAUUCGGUGCUAUCCGAGCGCAGUAGCAACGAACAUGAAGCCACACGCCGGCUGAAGACGGAAUUUCUCGUGCAGUUCGAUGGUCUCCCGGCCAACUCUGAGGCAGACAAAAUUGUCGUGAUGGCUGCCACGAAUCGGCCACAGGAGCUGGACGAGGCGGCUUUGCGUCGUUUUCCAAAGCGCGUUUACGUUACUUUGCCCGAUCGCGAUACUCGCGAGUUGCUGCUAAGGCGAUUGCUUCAGAAACAAGGAAGCCCUUUGAGUGAUGCGGAUCUGUCCCGCUUGGCACUUCUCACCGAAGGAUAUUCCGGUUCCGACCUAACAGCACUCGCACGUGAUGCUGCAUUGGAACCAAUAAGAGAACUAAACGUCGAGGAAGUGAAAAAUAUGGACCCAACAAAGCUUCGCAGCAUUCGGGAGAGCGAUUUUCACAACUCCCUCAAGCGCAUCCGCCGCUCGGUUGCACCACAAAGUUUGGUUGCCUACGAGAAGUGGCUGCAGGAUUUUGGUGACGUUACGCUGUAA